AUGGAAGCUGAUUCAAAAUUUGUUUGUGGAUCUUCCGAAUUUGAUUCAACCAGAGGCAUUUUUUCGGGAUAUAAUCCCCUUGACAGCAUCUUUCCUACUUUUAUACUCCAACUUCUAGCAGGCAUUGUGGUUUCCCGAGUUAUUUACUUGGUUCUUAGGCCUCUUAGACAAUCCAAAAUUCUCUGCAGUGUCCUGGGUGGCAUUAUUUUAGGACCAAGUGUUAUGGGGCUGAACAUGAAAUUCAGGGAAGCUUUGUUCCCACCAAUUGACAUGGGGUUGUUGAGUACAUUUUCCAUAUUAGGCGUAAUGUACACUCUCUUCAUUGUUUCAGUGAAAACAGACUACAAGACCUUGGUCUGCAGGGCCGGAAGGAUCACAUGGGUCAUUGGUUUUGCAGGCACCAUUUUUCCUUGGAUAACUCUGACGUGCCUCUUUUACUCGUAUCAUGAUUACCUUCCACCUUCGUUACAAUUAAAAUUCAUUCCUUUCUUUGUUGCCUCUAUUUUAUCCAUAACAUUCUUCGGUGUAGUUGCUUUUGCCUUAGAUGAACUCAACCUUCUAACUUCUGAGUUGGGCCAACUUUCCCUUUCUUCCUCAAUAAUUGGUGAUUUGUUACAAUGGUUCUUCGUGAUAACGGUUGCAAGCUUGAAGCAAGGAGACACAACGCAAGCAGUUGCCGCUUUUGCUUCCACAUUCAUAAUUAUACUUAUCUGUAUCUAUGGAAUACGCCCUGCAUUGCUUUCAAUCAUCAAGAAAACACCACAAGGGCAAGCGGUAGAUGAGUUCUAUGUUGUACUAAUACUACUUGGAGCUUCAGUCAUGGGAUUUGUCACCGACUUCGUGGGGUCUUCCAUUGCCUACGGGCCUAUCAUUCUAGGCUUUAUCAUACCGGGUGGACCACCUCUUGGUUCAAUUUUAGUAGAGAAGGCAGAAUGUUUUGUCAUGGAGAUUCUUCUGCCAUUGUUCUUUAUCCGUAUUGGCUAUGAAUUAGAUGUGAGUUCCUUGCGUAACUGGAAGACUUCUGUCGUAUUAGUGUGCAUCAUUUUUGUGGGAUACUUUGCCAAGUUUUUGGGAGUUUUUGUAUCUUCGAUAUCAUUCAAGUUGAGACCCAGAACUGCUUUCUUGCUUGGCCUCAUUAUGAAUAAUAAGGGCAUUAUUGAGUUUAUCAUUUAUUAUCGAUGGAAGAAGUAUGGGGUUUUAGAUGAGGAAACUUUUGCUGUAAUGAUUCUCUCCUCGCUGGCUAUUACCGCAUUUAUAGCACCAUUAACAGAAAGGUUAUACAAGCCUCGAGUACGACUCGGUCCAAAUAACAGGCGAAGAUGCACGUUGGCAAUCCAAACCACACCAUGCACAUUUCAAUUUCAUGUCAUUACUUGUGUCCACAAUGAAGAAAAUGUAAACAGCAUCAUUAGCCUCCUCGAAGCCUCUAACCCAACUGAAAUAAGCCCCAUUUGUGUCUAUGUAAUCCACCUUGAGGAACUCACGGGUAACGCUGCUCCACUCCUCGCCCCUUACAUUGCGAAGAAAAAAAAGAUUUUUAUGCGCACCGAUUCUCCUAUCUCUGAUCACAUUUUUACUGCCUUUGAAAACUACUCCGGGAAUUCUAAUGGUCCAGUCAUUGUCAGACCCUUCAUUAUGAUCGCCCCCUACAAAAGCAUGCAUGAAAACAUUUGUAUGAUGGCUCAAGAAAAACUGACCCCUCUCAUCAUCGUUCCCUACCAUGAAAACCAAAGACAUAUUCAUGGAAACCGUGUUACCUCAUUAAUACGUGCUUUCAAUACUAACUUACAAACAUAUGCACCGUGUACUGUUGGAAUUCUUGUCGAUAGGGGCACACGUCAAAUGAACACUUCUAGUUUUUCUUACAAUGUUGCUGUGAUUUUCAUCGGCGGAGAGGAUGACCGUGAAGCCCUUGCUUACGCUGAACGCAUGUCUGGCCAUGUAGACGUGAGUCUCACUAUUUUGCGUGUUUCCUUGCAUAUCAAGAAACAGGGUGAGAAGGACCACACAAACAAAGGUAAAAACAAGGGCAAAAGCAAGGAGGCAGAGAAGGAGAAGGAGGAGGAGGAGGCGAUGGAGAUGGAGAUGUUGAUGGACGAUGCAUUGUACGAUGAGUUCAAGGUCAAGAACAUUAGUAAUGCGUGUGUGGUGUGUAGGGAGGUUGUGGCAGAGAGCAAUGCACAAGUGAUGGAUGCAAUUCAGUCAUUAGAAGCCAAUUAUGACCUUGUGAUGGUGGGGCGGAGUAGAUACCCAGUUAUGGAGUUAAACGACAUUGAAAUGCCAUCAAGUCGUUCAAAGAAUAAUGAGCCCUUGGGAUUGAUUGGUGAUGCACUUGUUUCGACGGAGUUCUAUCAGGGUUGGCUAUCUCUGUUGGUGUUGCACCGUUGUCGAGGACCUCGAUAA